ACUGCAGGGGGAAUCCCUGCUAAACACAAGACUGGGGAUCACACCCCUGCCAGCCUCACAGUCACAGCAGCAGUGCAUACAUGGGCAGGGGGGGGGGGGGUCCUCUAACCACCCCCAGCCCCAACCUAUUCUGCAAUACUCAGCACUAGAACAAAGUCCUCUUUAUACUGUCACCAUGGGAGCAGCACACACUGGCUGACUCCCUGACUACUCAGUCCUCUGCUCCUUCUAGCUGUCUCCUGUACAUUCUACCUACCACACUAUGCUACCCAGACCCAAGAACACCUUCACCCUCAAGCAGGACCCCAGAGAGAUCAUGGUCAGAAGCUCAAAGUCUCCAAUAAUAAACCAUCGUAGCAUCGGCCUGAAAUGCCUGCCAGGAGAACACGUACACGAAGAAUCCUUGAGGGUUAGAAAACGUUUACAUUUUAAAGAUGGCUACCAUGAUGUUUCUGGAUCCCUAUAUUGCACCAGCUACCGGAUUGCUUUUAGACCAGACUGUUUCACCUCCCUUCAGGAUUCCUCCGAGGAGGUGAUAUUUGACAGUGACAAUGACAUUGCUCUACCCUGCGCUGACAGGAUCUUGGCAGUGGCCCACCAGAGUAAAGUGAAGGUUGUCACCCCCUCGCUGAGCCUGAAGUUUGACCCUGAAGAAGUACUCAUCUAUUACAGGGGGUUUCGGCUGAUGCACUUUCAUUUCAGUGACAACGGCUUAAAGACGGAAGCUGUUAAUAUGACAAAUACCAUGGCUAAGAACCAGCAGGUUAUCAACUCUGUGGUGCAGCAGGAGGCCAUGCUAAGAAGUCUAGACAAAAGAGAAAUGACAACAGCCAUGGACUAUCCUACACGUAUGUUUGAGUCAGCUGUAGACUGGGAGAAUGAAAUUGAAAGGCUGGGAGCAACGGGCUUGAGAGUAACCCCCCACAAUGAGCGCUGUGACACCUGCACCAGCCUCUCCAAAUAUUUUGUGGUUCCUUGCAAACUGCUUGACAAUGACUUGAAGAAAACAUUUGCCCACUUUCAGCUGAGGCGCAUACCUAGGUGGUCGUGGCAUCACCCUGGUGGGAGUGAUCUGCUGAGGUCAGCAGGAUUCCAAACCAACACGGACCCCGAUAAAGAGGACGUGAGGUUGAUAAGAUCGCUGUUAUUUGGCAACCAUACGCAGUGUGUGAUCAUUGACACGAGCGAGGACCUACCUUCUGUAGCGGACAUCCAGGCCUCCUUCCUCAAGCUACGUGCCUUGUGUUGUAGUGAUACCUCUACACCAGUGCCUAAUGACAAAUGGCUGUCAAAUCUAGAAGGAACUCGCUGGCUGGAUCACGUGAGGUCAUGUCUGAAGAAAGCCAGUGAAGUUUCCAUGUUGCUGAGCGAACGGAAUAGAUCUGUUGUUCUUCAAGAGCUUGAUGACCGUGAUGUGAACUGCCUCCUGACAUCAUUGGUGCAGGUAUUAUCUGACCCUUACUCAAGAACACUGUCCGGUUUCCAGAGCUUGGUUCAGAAGGAAUGGGUAUCGGCUGGCCAUCCCUUCAUGCAAAGGAUAAAUCACUUCAAACAAUCAGACAAGGAAGAAUCCCCGGUGUUUUUGCUGUUCCUGGACUGCGUCUGGCAAUGUUUGCAGCAGUUCCCGACCGCUUUCGAAUUCACAGAGUCUUACCUUCUGGCUUUACAUGACAGUACUUACAACCUGUUCUGUAGUACCUUCACCCACAACUGCCAAUGGGACCGUAUCCGAGGGAGCCAGCGCCACUCCUCUAGCCAGACUUAUACCCCAGUAAAUGGCUGGAGAGACAUUGUGCACGAGAAGAUAUUUCUCAAUGGAGAUUAUAAGACGGCGGAAGAGGUGAAGUCAUCUCCGCCAACAGUCUGGGAAUGGAAUCUAUUCUAUCAUCACUCACGGAGGCAGCAGUUCCACAAUCCCAUGUUUCGCACAAGGGAACAAGCAGUAUUAAACGGCAAUGGUAUAAUGCAUAACGCUGAUAAGUUGGAUGUCUCCAACACCUGCAAUGUGUAUCUUCUUUCUAAAGGCGUGCUCAUAUUACAGUCUCCAUUCUUCCCAAGAAAAAGUGUCACAGUGUCGCGGAGAGGGGGACGCCGCUCCCUGUCCGUUGAGAGUUUGCUAGAAGAAGAGAAGCAAUUAAGGAGCAACAUCUCAUCUGAACCUUCCACAAUGGACCUUCUACUUCCCCUGUGUCUGGGGCCUUGGGUCAGGCUAUGGAAACGUUGUUACUUACGUUGUGCCACAGAAGUUCAGGGUGACAUCCAGCGUCCUUCAAUGGCCAGCCUAGCCGAGGAACUAAAAAUUCUUGAAGACAGACUGAAUAAACUACAUGUAAACAGCGAGGAUCAGAGACACAAUGGGUUAGUCACAUCUGAUGUAAAUGGAAUUUCCUCAUCGUACAGAUAGCAGACUCUGCCUGGAAUUGCGCACUUUUGAUUUCUUCAGGAGAAAUGACUGAAACAGAGAAUCCUGUCUGGACUGAAACAGUGCACAUUGGGUAAAAUGGAUGAUCCUAUCUUUUGUCACAUAAUCACGUUUCUUCCUUUGACAGAAUAUUUUUUGAACAAUAUUGACAUUUCUUGAAUGAUGGUCUUCCAUGGCUGAGUAUCUGAAAAUGGAGGUGACAGCGCUCCGUGGUGGGAUAAAAGAGGAUUGCAUGGAUAAUUAAAAAACAUGAAAGUCGCUCACCUGAUAUAGUUGUGUACCCACAUACACAACAAUGGUGAGCAUAUAAUAUAGAAGUGUCCGGUAAUGGUAUUCGGGAGAGAAAAGCUUCAAGAGAGACGC